UAUUGUUACUUUUCCUCGCUUUCCUCUGUAAAUGUCAAAGUGAUAUCAAGACUCAAGGAAAUGUUAAUUUUAUAACCAAAUAAACAUUUGAUAACAUUUUCUUUUCGUUUUGCACAUGUAAUUACAUAAUGUUUCAAUUAUUAACUAAGCGCAUACAACUUGCGAGUAAAAUAGCUCCCAUGUGGACUUUUAACGGAUCAAAUAUUAGAAAAAUACAUGCCACAGCGAGUUUAUGGCACGGUGAAUAUGAAUGGCAGGAUCCAAAGUCAGAAGAUGAAGUGGUGAAUGUAGUGUACAUAGAUAAAGAUGGCAACAAGACUAAUGUUAGAGGGAAAGUAGGAGACAACAUAUUAUAUCUAGCUCACAGAUAUAAAAUACCCAUGGAAGGUGCUUGUGAAGCAUCACUAGCCUGCACUACAUGCCAUGUGUACAUCCCUCAUGAUUUUCUAGAUAGGUUACCACCAUCAGAGGAAAAGGAAGACGACUUAUUAGAUAUGGCACCAUUUCUUAAAGAAAAUUCUAGAUUAGGUUGUCAAAUAAUUUUAACGAAAGAAUUAGAAGGAAUGGAAAUACAGUUACCUCAAGCAACAAGAAACUUCUAUGUAGAUGGACACAAACCAACACCUCACUGAAACAAUCACUAUGUUUUUGCACAAAGACUAUGCAUAGUCUGAAUUAACUGACUUGAUGUCGAAAAUAUAUUAAAAGCAAUAAGAUUGGCUGCUGUUAUAGUUUUCAUGUAUUGUAUACAGGGCAGGUCCCUUUGGGCCUCUUUUUUUAUAGCGAAAGCAAUGAAAAAUAGUUUCCUUUCCUUUAUAUGAUCACAGCUACUCAAUGCUAGUAGAUUUGUUUAUUUCAUAAAGGAAAAAGAAUGAACAGGAAAGAUCUAAUUGUUAGGCCCUUAUUAAUAUUGAAAAAAAGUUAGAGAUAAUUGACGCCUAUAGUUUAUUUAGACAGUAUUUAAAUUAAUUAUUUAGUAAUCUCUGCCAGCUGGAGGCAAGAAAAUAAACCAAAAAGUUACAUUUAGGUGCUAUUGUUCUGUAAAAUCAUCCCCACAAUUUGAAAAUCUAAAUUGUAGUCAUGAGGGCAAGAAUGGCUUAUAAUUUUUGAUAUAAUGACGUUGAAACACACUAAUGAACCAAUUAAUUAUAUUUGAAAAUUCGAUUUAGGUUAUUAAUAAAUUAGUUGUUAGAGCAUUAUACUUUAUACAAAAAUUGGUCUGAUUACCAUAGGUACCUAUAUGAAAAAAUAAAUUAUUGGUUAUGACUAUGUUGGUUGGUUAGGCUGUUCUUGCCGAUAUGCUAUAAUGUAAUUUGACAGUAAAUAAUGAACUAAUAUUAUCAUCCUUUAUAUAUUAUGUAGGAAUACAUAGUGUAGAAUGAUGUACAUAAUAUAAAGUUGUUUCAUUUAUAAGUACAAGUAUAUGCUAAUAAUAAAAUUUUUGAAGCAA